AUGUCGGACAAUUCCACAGUCUAUAUCGGAACCUGGAUCAAUCAUUCAAAGGGGACGUUUCUUGGCGCAACGCUCACAUUGCCGAAUCUACACGGACUUAUCUUGAUAUCUGGUCUUGCCUUAUUCAUCACAUUUACUUCGACAAGGACUUGGAGCAUCCUAUGUUUCUUCGUCCAUCAAGUUGGAACCACUCGUCGUCCUCGAGAUGGCCUCUACCACCAGAUCCAAACAACGGUACGGAACAAUAGUUCUGAUCUGCAGUCAAUGUGGCAUCUGACGAAAAUGGCUUGGAGAUGGGGCUCACCGCGUUCGAGGAGCUUUCAAAAGAUUGUCGGUAUCAUCAUCCUGGCGUUGGCGCAUCUGGCCAUUUUCACCAUUCUCGGUCUCCUGUCAUCUCGUCUCAUCACUCAUGGAGACGAAGUUCUCGUUCGAGCACUCAGUAACUGCGGCUCGAGGGACCUCACCAAAAAUAUUUCGGACCCUGAUAUCGAUCCUUCGCAAGCAAUUCUUGAUUACUCCACUCAUCGGACAAUUAAUGCAGAGUUGACGCGACAAUAUGUGCGAGAUUGCUAUAUUGGGCAGCAAUCAUCGACGGAAUGCAGUUCUUGGAAAAGCACCCAGUUGACAUAUAGCACCACACGCAACGCGUCCUGUCCCGUUUCCGAAUCGAUGUGUUUGGGACCUGCGAACGGAGCAGUCCAAUUCGACACUGGACUGCUUGACUCCUGCGAUGACCUGGGUUACGUUGAAGACGGGAAACUCGUCUUCGAUGGCCAGAGAUAUAAUUACUCUGUUGGAUAUUACGGUGUCACAGAAGCCCCAUCUCCGGAUUGGCGUCCUGAUGUGGGGUUUUCAAAUGCGACAUUUUUUCUAGGCGAUCCAGAAACCCAGUUUGACCAUGCUGUUGUUGGCAGCAGGAUUCUAUACAAUGUGAACGAAAUCACUGCCUACCCUAUUGAUGGGAACUCAACAAUCCUACCUUGCGAAGGAUUCAUUCCCAUUCAAGAACUAGCAUCCGUCAACCAAACCUUGGCCUUGUUAUACGUCACGUUCAAAGGAGCCUACUCAGCACCAAGCGAUGAUCUUUGGUGGCCCGCUCAUCAACUCGGCAGUCCUUUCUAUACUUCACUUCGAGGUGUCGCCAAUGCCACACGACCGACUUAUACCUUGGACAAGACUGUCAACGUUCUGGCUUGCACAGAACAGCAUCAAUUUUGCAAUCCAAAUCACGGACAGAACAAAGACAAAUGCGCAUUCCGCGGCCUCAACGAUACGGGUUACUUCGAAGGUGUACUCGACAACGACAGGCAGAUCAGCACCGCAGAGGUUAUAAUGGGUGCAGCGGCGGAAGCUGCAUUUGAUAUUCUUGUCCCUACUUUCGUCGAACCCCCUCUGCUGGAUAGUGACCAGCACGGGACGACAGUCGCUCCUGGCCUUGCCGAUGACAAUUGGAUCCAGGAGUCAAUCCAUUUGUUCAACAUGAGUUUAACCACCGUUCAGCGCUACAUGGUGGAAUGGGCAACAGGACCUGCUGAACCUUACAGCAUAUAUACAUAUGGUCCACCCAGCGAGCUCGACCCUCUAACUAAGUGGCAGUGCGAGAACCAGAUCAUCAGACAGAGCGGAUACACUUCUUUCAGUUCUCUUGGUCUAGGCCUCAUCUUCGGCCUCGGUGGAUUGGUGAUUUUGUCCAGUCUCUGGCUCGAGUCGAUCGUGGGCUAUUUCCAGAAACGCUUUCGUUUCGGGCUCUACCAACAAGUUCGCUGGAAGCUGGAUUCAAACUUACAACUUCAGCGCAUGGCUUACGAAGCAGCUGGGCUGGGCGAGUGGAAAGACGGCACUCACGAAAUUCCUGUCACUGUUGUUAGGAAUCAGGAGUUCCAGAUUGCGAUGGAGUGGGACGAAGUGCACCCGAGUAUCAAGGCAAGGGCGGAUAGCGAUUUGAGCAGGACAAGAAUGAUGGGCAGUGAGCUUGUGUUCGUUGAUCUGAAAGAUAAUGGCGCCGACAAGAGGACUUUAGUAGAGUGA